UUAUCUAUUUUGUGGGUGUUUUUAAGACAACAACGUCCAUGCCUUGUUCCGAGUCUGCCGUAACCUCCUACAAUCGCAAAGCAAUGACACACAAUAUAGGAAAUACACACAAAAUGGGAAAUACAAAGAAAAGGUGGUAAAUGCAUGCGAGACAUAGUACACAAUUGCUUGCUAACCUCCUGAAUCACAAUCUCUUUGCCUUUCCCUCUGCCUUUGCAUUUGCCUUUCUCAAGGGUUUUAAGAACUGCCUCUGAUUCUCUGCCUCCGGUGCUCAGGAAUAACAUGAUUUAUGAGGAAGGCCGCCAAGUGAGCUCUCUUCAUCCAUAAUAUUGAAUCAGCCAUGGUAAGCGUAAGAAGAAGCAAACGCUUGAGACUACAUGCCGAGAGAAGUUCUGUUCUAGCUCCACUGCUAAGGUUUUGUGACAAGGGAACUGCUCCUCAAAAUUCUACCCAAACAGAACCUGAUAGUGUGCAUCCAAUGCCUUCAAAUUAUGUAAAUCUCCCAGAUGGGAAUGCGACUGAUACAAGGGAUUCCCCUGAGAUUAUCAGCAUGUUGAGAGAGCCAGCUGCUGCAGAGAAAGUUUUGCUGGGCUUACUUGGCCCUGAUGAUACCAAGAUUAUGCAGGAGUAUGAUGACGGUGGUUUGAGGCAAAACUUAUCCUACCAUGCCCUUGCUGCCUGCCUCCACUUUGCCAUGUGGCUAAGGGAAAAUGGAGAGUCUUCCUUAGCCUCCAGGGAGCGCGAUGAAGCCAGAGCUCGUGUUGCAGAGCUGGAGGAAAAAGUUAGAAAUGUUGAGGAGAUAAUGAAGCAUCAGGUCCAAGAAUACAAGUCUAAGCUGAAUGGCCUGCAAAAUGAUGUUGAUCAGCAGAGGCAAAAGGCUGCGUUCUGCGAGAGGAAAUGGAAGCAGCAGUUGGCGUUGCAUCAGGAGAAGUCCACUCGUUUGGAAGAGGUUCUGAGGCAGCUUGUGGAAGCUAACUCCAACCUUGCCAAGGAUACUCAAAGUCUUGACGUGGCCAGAACACGUAUCGAAAAGCUGACUGGUGCCCUCACUCGGACCAGGAAGCUCUACAAGCAGGCUGAGGUUGAAGUGAAGAAAGUUCAGCAGGAAUGCGAAAUGGAUAGGAUCCUUGGGGAAAUAGAGAAGGAAGAGCGUGUGAAAAAAAGGAUUGCUCUGACCACUGAGUUAGAGCUGGUAGAGGACUUCCAAAACCAAAACCAGAAGGAAGGUGGGAUCAUGCCAACGCUGGAGCUAAACAAAGAUGUUAGCAAGCAGGUGAAUGAGGCCAAAAACGUUGAUGGAGAAGUGGAGGCCCAGCAUCCUUCGACUUUCUGGACAAGGUGCCAUUGCUGCAACGUUCGUUAUAAGUUUAGCAGGGUUCAUGUAAAUCACCUUCUCCGCUGCCAGGCAUGUCCAGCGGCCUUUGUAGCCACAGAAGAAGUCUCCACCAUCUACAGAAGAAGACACCUUGUUGAUACUGGAAGUCAAGUAACUGCUAGUGGCAGGAAGCCCCCAGAUCAUGGAAUGGUCUCCCUAAAAGGCCCCGGAGGAAGCUGAAGACCCAAACGGACAUGGAUGGAGAGGAAUCCGAUGAUGCAUUGCAGAAUGAAGAUAGGGGGUGGUUAAGAAAAUACAUAUUUUGUAAACUCUCUGUUUUCUUGGCCUAUCUAACUAACGGUAACCCUUUUUGUAUGGUCAACUAGCAAAGCCCUUUUUUAUUACACUAAUAGUGGGAUCUGCACAGAUACCAACUGCAGUAUUAUCAUAUCAAUGAUUCCAAUCAUUAACAUCAAACCUCUUUCAA